AUGGCAAACCUAUUUGACGAAGAGUAAGGACAAUACCUAAGAUUGAAUGCUCUCAAAUACCUUGAAAAACCACCCGAAGUCUAAAGACAAGACGAUCCAUUUGUUACCAAUGGCUCUUUGGCAAUCACAUAUAUUCUAGUGGAAACUGUGGAGUAGUAUAAGUCAGAUUAAGGGUUGAAGUUUUAACCCAGUUACGUACAUCAAGUAUUUCGAUAAACCAAUGAAAUUUACGGUUACAAGGAUCUCAAAAUCACAAUUCAUGUCACAGCCCUUAGAUUGAAGCCUUUUAUUCAAAUAUCCUACAGUGAGCAGACGGAAGAUGCAGAUGAUCUCUAAGAGAGCUUCAAUAAAGUGUACGAGGCUGGCUUCCUUUCUACUGAAGAGCAAUUCAUCAAAGCCCUUGAAGAGGAACAAAAUCAAGAGCCUUUAGGAGAAUUAAUUGAAGAGUAUGGAGACUUCAGAAUAUAUAAAUGUUAAACGGCAACCACAAAUGGGUUUAUCCAAUUCAAACCAUUUUUAUAGGCAUUUCUUUUAGUUCUGAUUGAUGGAGUCCAAUACCCAGGUGAUGAAAAUGAAUGGGUUUACUUAACCUUAUAUGAAAAGCGUCGCUUUGUUGGUUUGACUACUGUGUUUAAGUUUAAUAUUGCAUGGAAUAAACAAAGACAUCGUUUGAGUCAAAUGCUAUUCUUACCAUAAUACCAAAGAAAAGGACAUGGGAGUAGAAUGUUGAGGACUGUCUAUAAAUUAGGGUUGGAAGAUGAGAAGUGCUUAUAAAUUACUCUUGAAGAUCCAUCUGAAGACUUUCAAGUGAUGAGGGACAUUACUGACUCCAUAAUCUUGCAUGAACAUUUCAAAGAUAUAAUACCAAAUAAAGUAAUCAAUUCAAUCCAAGAGAUUGUUGAAAUACCUAAAGAAAAGCUGUUCGAAAUUAUGAAGAAAACUAAAUUACAUGCGUAGUAAAUAAAGCAAGCCUAUUCAAUAUAUCUCUAUGCCUUCAUUAACAAGAAGUCUUCAAAAUUGAUGACUGAAUUUGCGAGGUAUCUACUAAGAGAACAUUAAAAACCCUAUGUUAGAAAGAGAAAUAUUUUGGUUCGAUUUGAGGAUGGCAGUUCAUUGGAUCCGAAAUAAAUGCAUCUCCUUGAAUUGAAGGAAAAGGAAGAUAGGAAUAUUAUUGCUGAGGAAAGUUUAAGAGAUGAAUUUUGUUUGUUUGAACUUAUUGCUACAAAAUUAAGGAAGGAUAAAGUAAUUUGA